GGAGAGGGAGGAGGCCCAGGCCAUGUUUGGGAUGGAGGGAUGGAUGGAGGAAUGGAUGGAGGAGGUGGAGGGUUGAUAAACUCAGACCAGCUCACCAGACUCUCACUUCUGUCCUGCCCCCCCUCACAUCCCAGCAGGCCCUGUACUGCCACGUGUGACUCGGUGUCGUAGUGUCGUCGCUCGCCCACAGCACCCCCUGCAGUCAUGUGUGAUGAUGAGGAGAGCACCGCUCUGGUCUGUGAUAACGGAUCCGGUCUGUGUAAAGCCGGAUUUGCCGGAGAUGACGCCCCCAGAGCCGUCUUCCCCUCCAUCGUGGGCCGGCCCCGCCACCAGGGAGUGAUGGUGGGUAUGGGGCAGAAGGACAGCUACGUUGGAGACGAGGCUCAGAGUAAAAGAGGAAUUCUGACCCUGAAAUAUCCCAUCGAACACGGAAUCAUCACCAACUGGGAUGACAUGGAGAAGAUUUGGCAUCACUCAUUCUAUAACGAGCUGCGAGUGGCUCCAGAGGAACAUCCCACCCUGCUGACGGAGGCUCCUCUCAACCCCAAAGCCAACCGGGAGAAGAUGACACAGAUUAUGUUCGAGACCUUUAAUGUUCCUGCCAUGUACGUGGCCAUCCAGGCUGUCCUGUCGCUGUACGCCUCUGGACGUACCACAGGAAUUGUCCUGGACUCAGGGGAUGGCGUCACCCACAACGUGCCCAUCUACGAGGGUUACGCUCUGCCUCACGCCAUCAUGAGGUUGGACCUGGCGGGUCGCGACCUCACAGACUACCUCAUGAAGAUCCUGACGGAACGCGGCUACAGCUUCGUCACCACCGCGGAGAGAGAGAUUGUCCGCGACAUCAAGGAGAAGUUGUGUUACGUGGCGCUGGACUUUGAGAACGAGAUGGGGACGGCAGCCACGUCUUCUUCUCUGGAGAAGAGCUACGAGCUUCCUGAUGGACAGGUCAUCACCAUCGGCAACGAGAGGUUCCGCUGCCCCGAGACGCUUUUCCAGCCGUCCUUCAUCGGUAUGGAGUCGGCAGGUAUCCAUGAGACGACCUACAACAGCAUCAUGAAGUGUGACAUCGACAUCCGUAAAGAUCUGUACGCCAACAACGUGCUGUCGGGAGGGACCACCAUGUACCCGGGCAUCGCAGACCGUAUGCAGAAGGAGAUCACAGCUCUGGCCCCGAGCACCAUGAAGAUCAAGAUCAUCGCCCCCCCAGAGAGGAAAUAUUCGGUGUGGAUCGGCGGCUCCAUCUUGGCCUCCCUCUCCACCUUCCAGCAGAUGUGGAUCAGUAAGCAGGAGUACGACGAGGCCGGACCCUCUAUCGUCCACCGCAAGUGCUUCUAGAGGGAUCCACAUGGAUCUCCAUCUUCUUCAAGCUCCUCCCCCUCUUUUUUUUUUGUUUCCCUCCAGCAGCUUCUUAUUUUAGCCUUACUGAUCACGAGCUAACAGAGCUAACAGAGCUAAAAGGUACCACAUCAGCCCUAACAAACAUCCAACCAGAGACGACACCAGCAGGACUUCUUCAGGAGGGGUUUAGUAGUUCAGUCUUUUAUUGUGACAGGUGGUUGACAGGAAGUGAUGUCGUCUUCAGGUUUUUUUGGUGAACUGAACCAUUGACUGACCCUCCAUCAGAAAACCAACUCUCCCUCUGUGCACCUUCAAACUGUGAAAGUGACGAUUGUCUAGCCCCUCUGCUCCACCAGUGCCCCACCCCCUCUGCCUCACAUGUGCCCCACCCCCUCCCCCCUCUGCCGCACAUGUGCCCCGCCCCCCUCCCCCCUCUGCCUCACAUGUGCCCCGCCCCCCCUCCCCCCUCUGCCUCACAUGUGCCCCACCCUGCCAUCCUUUAUGCUGAAGCUUGAACGUUGCCCGCUGGUGAUCUCCUCCAUCGUUCACACUGUCUUAUGAUGAUGUCACACAUUGUAUGAUGAUGUCACAGGUGAGCUGGAGGCAUGACCCCACGGUGCUGGUAAAGAGUGAGAGAUGUAAUGGCGAACGAGACAGAUGAUUGGCCCAGGAAGACAAUAAAGAGCUCUCAUAUAAGA